CCGACGACUCGAAGUCCACCUUUGCCGCAAUCCCCUCUCGUCCACCUAACCUUGAGUCGGAUUCUAAGAGCUCUCUGCCGUGUGUCUUGCUGUCCGCUUUCUUGUUCCGCAUGUUAGAACGCUGCUGAUUGAGGCGGGCAUGGGGCGCAACGCGCGAAAGCGUAUCUCCUACGUCCUGCCCCUCGCGAACUCGGCCGGAGGACACAGGUUGGGCGUAAAUGGCCUGGCUAUCGACCCGGUAAACUCGAUUCUCUACUCGGGUGGUCGAGACGGCGUCAUAUGCGCCUGGGACCUGCAUCUUGACCUGGUCUCGAAGGCCCACGAGGAAAGAGACCCGUUUGCCGACUCAAAUGCGCCCAAUUACAAACCCCCGCCGACGCUGUUCCGGCAGCAGGUCCAGGCCCACACGCACUGGAUCAACGACAUCGUCCUCGCCCAGAGUAACCAGGCCCUCGUCUCCGCAUCCUCAGACAUUACGGUGAAGGUAUGGCGGCCUGCCGCCGAAGACGUCCUCCCUCCGCAGACCAUCGGCCUGCACACCGACUACGUCAAGCGCGUAGCCUCCCCCGGCCUGAGCGAGAACUGGGUUGCAUCUGGCGGGCUGGAUCAUAAGAUCAGCUUGUGGGAUCUCAGUGGAGGAGGCCAGAAGCUGCAGAUAGCUGUGGGCGAUGAUGAGAACACGGCCAAGGGGUCUGUCUACGCCUUGGCGGCAACUAGCUCUAUCCUCGCAAGCGGCGGCCCGGAAAGCAUAGUCCGGGUCUGGGAUGUCAGGACCGGGAAGCGCAUCACAAAGUUUGUCGGACACACGGACAACGUGCGGGACGUGCUCAUCACGCAAGAUGGGGAUACCAUCUUGACCGCGUCCUCUGAUCAGACUGUCAAAGUAUGGUCGAUGACGGCAGGAAGAUGCAUGUACACACUGACCAUGCACAACGACAGCGUCUGGUCGCUGUACUCGGACCACCCACAGCUAUCUAUCUUCUACUCCUCCGAUCGAUCGGGUAUAGUGGCAAAGAGCGAUGUGCGCAAUUGCGCCGAAAUGGAUGAAGGACUCUCGGUGGCCGUCUGUCAAGAGCACGAAGGAGUGAACAAGGUCAUUCGAUCUAGCGACUACAUUUGGACGGCAACGUCCAGUUCGAGCAUCAACCGGUGGAACGACGUAGAGACGGCCGCAGAUGUCGCUUUACCAGAAUCCUACAGGUGGCAUCGAUCGAGUGUGGGUACGACUCGGUCGCGGUACCCUUCUCCGCCCACGGCCAGCCCUCCGAUGAACGGUACAACCCCGAAAAUACCGUUCCCUGCCCUUCUGCGGAUGUCGAACACCGCACCCUUCCCUCUAUUUUCUGCCAAAGAUCCAGAGGCUUCAACGGUGUAUUCAACGACGAGCACACGAAAACCUUCGGAGGUUCUGUCAGCAGCUGAUCCAGGUGUAGUUGUGCCAUGUCGAAGCCUACCAGAUUUCUCCAUCGAAGGCCAGAACGGUCUGAUCAAGCAUGUCUUACUUAAUGAUCGGAGAAGGGUGCUCACUCUAGACACCGCCGGGGAGGUAAUAUUAUGGGAUUUGCUACAAUGUGCUCCCAUAAAGUCAUUCGGGAAGCGGCAUCUCGAAGAUGUUGCCCCUGAAGUUAAUACACAAGAAACUGUUGCCCACUGGUGUGCUGUUGACACGAGAACCGGCAGUCUGACUUGCGUCCUCGAGGAGAAUUACUGCUUCGACGCUGAGAUGUAUGCAGACGAACUUCAUUUGGAGGAAAAGAUUGAUUUCCGAGAAGACCAGAGAAUAAAUCUAGGAAAGUGGAUACUGCGAUAUCUGUUCUCUAACCUCAUCGAUGAAGAGAUUAAACGGGAUGAAGACUUCAGAAAUGCUCUUGUCGAAGAAAAGAAGAGCGGUAUGAAUCGGACGAACGCACCAGCUAACAUUCAAAUACCCGAAAACCACAUCAACGGUUGGACAGACGCAGUAUCAGGGCCGACGUCUAGCUCCACGAUUCGUGCCACUAAUAGCUUCCACCUACCUAUUACUACUCCCGGACUCCAGAUUGGCCUUGCUACUCCGGGUAUCCCAACAUCGAGCCCUACCCAUGCGACACAGCAGCUGUACACUCUCCUUCCUACGACAGAAGAAGGCUCUCAGCUCUCACGAACCACCACUCAACAGAGCCAGACUAGAGAAGGCUCUGACUACUUCUCCACCACACCCGCCACCAACGGCCACGGCAACGGUAAACCUAUCAUUACCUCCGCCGAAGCCUCCACAACGGACCCAUCGCAAGAAACCCUUCCGCAAUCUCCCUCGGAAGAGAAUCCGACAAACCCCACCCAUGGCAAAAAGGGCAAGGCUCUCUUCUCGAAGAAAUUCAACAUGUCCUUCAACAUGAAAAAAUUCGGCAGCACGUCUUCAACAGUCGAGGUCGCGAAACCGGUUGCCGUGGAUGAAAAGUCUGAGGACAGUGAUUCGAGGAGCAGUAAGACUGAUGAGAAAAUCAUUGAGGAUAACUUUUUCGGGGCUGUACAGAAGAUUAGGCAGGGGUAUGAGGAACAAGUAGCUUUGGGCGCAGUGUCAGUGCAUACGCAAAUUGCGCCCAGCCUCCCCAACGAGACGCCAGUUCUGAAACCACCAGCGAGUACGACCAUUCUGAUUCAAGAAGACAGACCAGAUUCUGGCGGCGUUGCGGAUCUCUUCGAAGGCAAGGUCGGCUCCCUAGGCCAACAAGUCGAACUUAUCGAAAAAGUAGCGCCCGUGUGGCUCGCCGACAUUCUUCUCCGCAACCAAAUUCCCUUCAAAGAUAUCGUCAAAGUCUCCUUCAUCCUCGAACCGUACCAAAACACGCUACCUAGCAUAGCUUCGGACGGGUAUAUACCCCUCUUCGUCCCUACAGAGAAAAUAGUUCGCGCUAAUACGGCACCACUCAGCAACAACCGACUCAAUGCGAAUCGCAUGCUACGGGCGAGGAAGAUAUUGAGUUAUGUAGCGGAGAGAAUUGAGCCCGCGCCGACGACUGCUGAGAAGGAGAAGGAGGGUGAGGAAAGGUUGAAGCCGGAGGAGUAUUUGGAAUUGUUUUGUCAAGGGCAGUUGAUUGCCCCAACCAUGACACUAGCGUCUAUCCGUGCACACGUCUGGCGUGGCGGCGGCGACGUGGUGCUCUAUUACCGCGCGAACGGCCGCAAGGAAAUCAAACAUGCGCCUUUCAUCGGCACACCGCCCCCGUUGUCCGCGACCGGUAGUACGGGCGUGUCCGAGGGGAAGGCGUCGUCCGAUGCCGGGAGGAGCAGCCAGCAUAGUUCUAGGGGGAUUGUGGAGGGCAAGGCGUGUUGAUGGGAAUGAACAUGUUGGUGUUGGUGCUAAGCUUGAUGUUGAUGUUGAUGUUCAUGCCCAUCUUGAUCCUCCAAUUGUGGAUUGAUUCUGAUUCUGAUUUUGAUCUUGGAGAGGUCUGAAUCUCUUGUGUAUUGUACAUAGUAUUUUGCACAUACCCCAUUCCUUACCGGAUCGCUGUAUGGAUUCGAUCCCAUCUGUUCUAUCUCUAUUGAUACGGUAUGGUUUGGUGUGGUUUGAUUUGACUUCAGUUUGGGUGGGUGCAUUUGGUUUGGAUUACUGAUAAAUCGUGUCUGGAAGUCUAUGGCGUUCUUGAU